GUGGGAAGCUGGGAGCCUCGAUUGUGGAGCGGUUGCACAUCGAGUACAUGGGGCAGCUCCGGCUGUUCACCCUCACACAACUCCAGCAUCACUUCGGAGACAAAACGGGCUCCUGGCUGUACGAGCUUUGCCGAGGGGUGGAGUUUGAGCCACUCCGACCGCGGCAGCUGCCAAAAUCCAUCGGCUGCAGCAAGAUUUUCUCUGGUAGGACAGCUCUGGCCACGUGUGAGGAGAUCCGAUUCUGGCUGCUACAAUUGGCGUCUGAGCUUGAGGAGCGACUGACCAAAGACAGAGACAGUAACGGCCGUGUGGCCCAGCAGCUGCUGGUGGGUGUGCGGUUGAAGGAUGGGCACGGGCUCUCACGCUGCUGCUCUCUGCCGCUCUGCGAGGCUACAAAGAUUGCUAAUGAUGCAUUUGCGCUGAUCAGGAACUGCAACAGAGCAGCGGGACCGCAGGCUGCCUGGUGCCCGGCCGUCACGUCCCUCUGCUUGAGUGCUAGUAAGUUUUCAGAGCCGCCCACAGCUCUGGCCAGUGGAAUCACCUCCUUCCUCAGCAGCGACCCUGCUCCUUCCCACAAGCCGCUGCCGGUGUCUCCUGUAGCUCGGAGAGAAGCGAGCAAAUCGGGAUCAAGCCACAAGCCAGUGGGCACUAUCCUGUCAUUCUUCCAGGCAGCAGCUGACAGUAAAUGCAAGAGCCUUGAAACCACAGCGACAUCACUUCCUAGCUGCUCGGACGAUAUUGAGGUAGUCGACCGAGAGCCAGACACGAGCUGCGCUGACGUGUUGACCACAUGUUUGAGAAGCGAGGAGAGAGACUAUGCCCUUGGGCAGGAUUUCAGAGGUUUCUCUCCAAGCUUGAGGCCUUCCUCAACGCAAGAACCAAGCAGCUCUGAGUGUUUAGCCACCGCUGCCGAGAGUGUGGGAAAUGUGUCCAACGUGGAGAGGAACUUGCAGAUUGAUGCUGGGUUACUGGGCAGCACUCUGCCAGGAGCCUGCGCCUGGGAACUUGUCCCUGGGAAGGGGGUGACGGAGCCUCCCAUUUUGGCCCCGGAGGAUGUGGCACGGUGCGAGAAGUGCGGCGAGUACUUGCCGGUGUGGGACAUGCCCGAACACCAUGACUUCCAUUUUGCCCAGAACCUUCAAAGCUCGUUCUCCACGCCGGUGCCCGGCCCACUCUGCAGCCCCCGCGCUCGGGCUGGGGCUAGGGCCAGGGCUGGCUGUGCAGCCAGAGGCAAGAGCAAGAGAAAGCAAACACCUGCAUCUCCCGCCAAGCGCUCCCGGCACCAGCGUGAGCGCACACUGGACCUUUAUUUUCAGAAGCCAGCUGCUGGCAAGGUGGGCUGUCAGGACACUGAGGAGGAAGUGGUUAAUCAGUGAGCAGGGCAAUGCCUGUCUGCAUGUUUUGCACAUAUACAGGGUAACCAAAAAAUCAUGAUACUUUUACAAUGUCUAAUAAGUUUUAAAGAAAUGAUGAUAUAUAUUC